GGAUAACGACGCUACUAGCUCUGCUGGAGAGGGUGUCAAAGGUACAACACCGAGCAAGCGUCUUUGAGACACAUAAUCCAUCACUUCUUCCACUUUUUUCACUCCAAGCCUACCCCCAUCACUUCUUCCACCGCGUCAACGCUGCGCUUUCUCUAUUACUUCCAUCCUACCUUUUCAUCGCGCAGCUUCCCUUUCUCAUCAACACCAAACACGCGCCAACAAUGUCAAACUUUAGCUGGCGCCCACCCACUGUGCCCUUUGAGGCGCAGACACGCGAUGGUUCACCCUUCACCGUCUGGCAUGUGUGUAUGAUAUGCCAACAACCAAGAUCUGCGCGCUAUCACUCCGAACAUCCCAUCUACGACUACAACGCAUACACGUCUUCUCAAACCAUCUGCCGUCGUUGCGCGGCCAAAACCCCUGCUAUUCCUGCACCUUCGAUUCCUGAAGCUGAUGAGUCGGUUUCGCAUGUUGCUGCUAUGCGCCAUAUCCCAUUCCGUCACAUUGCACCGCUGUCACCUCCUCCUGCUGCGCCUCCAGCCCCGAUCUUCAGAGCUGUGGAAAGGCAGAGUGCUGUUCCGAUCUAUACGCCUGUGCUUGAGAGUGUUGUGCCUUCUCACGCUCCUUCCUCACGUAACGCUUGGGAUGUUCCUGCUCCCUCCUCACGCACUGCUUGGGAGGACGGUGGCACUUACCACGUUGACAGAAAGGCUGUUCCUCUGCCCAAUGUCAGGCCUGCUCCUGCCCGUCGUGUCAGCUUCUCCCGUGAGGAUGAGGUUGUCACUCUACCUGAAGAGCUGCCCUCUGAGCGUACAUCUAUGCAAGGGCUCUCAAGAAUGCGUCUCCAGCCACCCAAUCUCAGCGGUAUGCGUGACGCCGCCGCAGACUACGAGUACGAUAAACACAGCAAGAACGUCUACAUCGAUCCUUCCGAACGAAGCUAUGUUUCAGAGCCGAAGUGGACGCCUUUGAGUGAAUCGCCUGCUCGCGAACUCCCACUCGCCGAAGAAUCUUACGCUCAUGGUCCUUACAGAGCUGAAGUCUCCCCUUCCCCAAGUAUGAGGGUUCAUGUCGACAACUAUGACUUUGUACCCAUUGACAAGUCUGGAAAUGACCUCGCGUACAAGCCCAUCAAGCCAGCUGACCCAGCCGCACAAAAGUCAGAGCAUGUGUACCAGGGAAAGCAGCAAGCGGGCGAGAUGAAGGAUGAGGAUCGUGCAUGGACAAAGUUCACAACCGUGCGUGAGUAUAUAGAUGAUCAAGGUCCAUACAUGGAGGUUGAGGAGAAGAUCGUUUUUGAUGAUUGAAGGCAUCCACACGAUCUUUACAUCGUUCGCGGACAAAGGCUAUAGGAGAAGGAGUUUGUGACCGAGGAACGGGGGGGACGAGUUUGAGGAUCAGGGCGUUUCUCUUUCUUCAGGUACGAGGAGCUUGAUACAAGGCUUUUCUUUUUUUUUCUCUGCUUUAGGUGCAGUUUUUUUUGCAAUAAAAG